GAGAAGGAGCCUCAUAAUUUCGCCUGCAUUCCUCCGGCUGCCCCGCGGCCCCGUUCCGCCCCUGCACCAUGCACUUGCUGGAGGUGCUCUCCCUGGGCUGCUGCCUCGCUGCCGGCGCCGUGCUCCUGGGACCCCGGCAGCCGGCCGCCGCCGCCGCCUACGAGUCCGGCCAGGGGUACUACGAGGAGGAGCCCGACGCGGGGGAGGCAAAGGCUCAUGCAAGUAAAGACCUGGAAGAGCAGUUGCGGUCUGUGUCCAGUGUGGAUGAACUCAUGACAGUACUUUACCCAGAAUACUGGAAAAUGUUCAAAUGUCAGUUGAGGAAAGGAGGUUGGCAACACAACAGGGAACACUCCAGCUUUGACACAAGAUCAGAUGAUUCCCUGAAAUUUGCUGCAGCACACUAUAAUGCAGAGAUCCUGAAAAGUAUUGAUACUGAAUGGAGAAAAACUCAGUGCAUGCCACGUGAAGUGUGUGUGGAUGUGGGAAAAGAGUUUGGAGCAACUACAAACACCUUCUUUAAACCCCCAUGUGUAUCCAUCUACAGAUGUGGAGGUUGCUGCAAUAGUGAAGGACUCCAGUGUAUGAACAUCAGCACAAAUUACAUCAGCAAGACAUUGUUUGAGAUCACAGUGCCUCUUUCUCAUGGCCCCAAACCCGUAACCGUGAGUUUUGCCAAUCACACGUCCUGCCGAUGCAUGUCCAAGCUGGAUGUUUACAGACAAGUUCAUUCUAUCAUAAGACGUUCCUUGCCAGCAACACAAACUCAGUGUCAUGUGGCAAACAAGACCUGUCCAAAAAAUCAUAUUUGGAAUAAUCAAAUUUGCAGAUGUUUGUCCCAGCAUGAUUUUGCUUUCUCUUCUCACCUUGGAGAUUCUGAUACAUCUGAAGGAUUCCAUAUUUGUGGACCAAACAAAGAGCUGGAUGAAGAAACCUGUCAAUGUGUCUGCAAAGGAGGCAUGAGGCCCUCAAGCUGUGGACCUCACAAAGAAUUAGACAGAUCAUCAUGUCAGUGUAUGUGCAAAAACAAACUUAUCCCUGCUUCCUGUGGGCCCAACAAGGAAUUUGAUGCAGAAAAGUGCCAGUGUCUAUGUAAAAAGACCUGUCCUAAACAUCAACCUCUAAAUCCUGCAAAAUGCGUCUGUGAAUGUAUAGAGUCUCCCAAUAAAUGCUUCUUAAAAGGAAAAAGGUUUCAUCACCAGACAUGCAGCUGUUACAGACCACCGUGUACAGUCCGAACGAAACGCUGUGAUGCUGGAUUUUACUUUAGUGAAGAAGUGUGCCGCUGUGUACCCACAUACUGGAAAAGACCACUUAUGAAUUAGUGAAGAGAUCACUACUUGCUAUGUUGGUGUACAUUUUUCCAUUAGAACAAAAGAAGAACAGAAACUUUGCUAAUAUUUGGAAUUAAAUGUUCACCAGAGACCCUGUGGGGCAUUCAGAGACAGACUUGUGCUUUUCUCAAGAUGUGGAAAGCAAAUGUAGAAGAUAACUGGGGUUCAUGUUUUGUAAAGAACUCAAUAAGGACUUAUUUUCUGCCAAUGACCAAACAGCCUAGGUUCUCCUUCUUGUGAUUUUUUUUAAGAGAUAAUGACUAUAUAAUUUAUUUCCACUAAAACCAUCGUGCAGCAUUUCUGUUUAUAGCAGUAACAAUUGUUAAAGCUCACUGUGAUCAAUAUUUUUAUAUCAUGCAAAGUAUGUUUAAAAUAAAAUGGAAAUUGUAUUAUAUAAUAGUGAGAAUGUUUAAUCAUCUGGCUAAAAAGGAACUUGGAUUCACCUUUAUUUUCAGGGUUCUUAACAGAGGAAAAGGUGAUUAAGAGAAAGCACUUUUAUUAAAGGAAGACCACAGACAUCGUCUCAUACCUUUAGUGUAUGUCAUUUGAAUAGAAACAGCUAUACUGGGGUUUUCAUGACUCAUUGAUAUUUCUGUCUCUAGAAUGAAACUAGCAAAGCAAGUACAAUUAAUAACUAAUGAAAACAUUGGAGAUCCUGUACAUUGCCUAAGGAUAAGGACUAUGUUUAAAGCACAGCAGCAACUACUCUCCUUCCAAUAUAUUCACCUUUACUGUUAUUUCUUGUUAAUUUUCCUAAGGAAUAACAUAAAAUAAUGUCUAUUCAAGGUUGUUAGUAUGAAAGUGGAAAUAACAACACUGCUUUUUGUUUAGCACAACAAACUAGAGUGAAAAUUCUACAGCUAAAUCAUUCAAAAUGCUUUGAUGCACUUUACUCUUUCGUAUAGCCAGUCAGAUAUCUUGAUCAAUGUAUGUGUAUGUAAAAAUAUUUUGAAGGAAAAAAACCCACAAUUUAUAUUCCAGUGGGAAGAUGAAGGGACUUAUAUCAAUCUGGUGUGGAUUGACAUAGUCUCUACAUUAAAAAAUUCUCUUUUUUUAAGAAAAUGUAAAAUCACGUAUCUGCAAUUCUAAAAAUAAGUAAGAUUUUUAACUUGCAUGGGAAGAGCAAUCUAUUCAAAAUUAAAAUAUAACAGAAAUUGUUGAAAUAUGGAAACUUUAUUGGGUGCAGAAAAGCUGCAAAGCAAGAUUUUUUUGAAAGGAGUGGUCAGAUCUAUAAAAGUAAUUGUAGACAUCAGUGCUGGUUCUAAGCAGCUGUUUGUAAAAGAGUUAUUAAUGAAGUAGUAUUAUAUCCUAGAAAGUUGGUCAGCAGAAGUUGUUUUUUUAGGUUCUUGAAUAUUUGGAUAUCAUAGUUCCUUAAAGGAGUGAAAGUUGGCUUGGAAUUACUCAGUUCCCAUCAUAGAUUGAGGCACUCUUAACAGUAUGAGAAACAGCACUUCCCACUGUAUGCCUAGUAUGCUCAUUGCUCUUCCUUAGAGGAUGGAUAUUUGUUAUCCAAAUAGGGUAACAGAGUGAAGUUUAGGCAUGCAAAUACUGAGGAAUGUCCUUAUUACUAUCUUGCUUCAGAUUGAACUUUGACAAUUAACACUUAAGCUAGUAUAACAACACACAAUUCCCAUCAUUGUAGUCCUGCAGAUCAUCAGUGUCUAAAUUGGCAAUGUCAACAUAGUAGCAAGGGCCUAAUAAUCAAACUUCAGUUUAGUAUUGGUAAAAAUCCAGGCAUCUACUUCUAUAGGUCAGCCACUUGAAGGAAGCAUAAAAUAUCCUAAGAAAUCAAUUAAAGAGCAAACUUUUAUGAAGACUUGAGAAGAAAUACUAUAGGUAAAGCUUCCCAAAUAAGCUUUAAAAUUUCUAUCCCAGCUCAAACAGACGAGAGGCAGUGGGGGGAAGAAAAAACCAAAUCUAGAACCAGGAA